CAUGCACCCGCCCGGCGCCCUGCUCGCCAUGGCCGAGGGCGCCUUCUCGCUGUCCGCGCCAGCGGCGCGGAGCCCUGGCGGGAACGCGUCGAGGCUGCACAGCAUCGAGGCCAUCCUAGGCUUCCCCAAGGAGGACGCGCUGCUCGGCCCCUUCCCACCCGACGGCGGCAGCGGCGGUGCCCGGGAGGGGGACAAGCGCGGCCCGCGAGUCUGCCUGCCCAAGAUGCCCGCAGAGCCGCCGCCCGCCGAGCCGCCGGGCCGCACUGCCGAGCGCUUCCAAGAGCCCUUCUGUCCCGGCGGCGCCAGUCCCGAGCUGCCGGCCGGCAGCGGCGGCGAGGGGAAGCCGUCGGACGAGGAGCAGCCCAAGAAGAAGCACCGGCGGAACCGCACCACCUUUACCACGUACCAGCUCCACGAGCUGGAACGCGCCUUCGAGAAGUCUCACUACCCCGACGUGUACAGUCGAGAAGAGCUUGCUAUGAAGGUCAACCUGCCCGAAGUCCGCGUGCAGGUUUGGUUCCAGAACCGACGGGCCAAGUGGCGGCGGCAGGAGAAGCUGGAGGUGACCUCCAUGAAGCUGCAGGACUCGCCCAUCCUCUCCUUCAGCCGCUCGCCGCAGCCGGCACCCAUGGGUGCCCUCAGCAGCAACCUGCCGCUGGAGACAUGGCUGAGCCCGCCGGUACCAGGCGGCACGGCCCUGCAGACACUGCCUGGCUUUGUGGCCUCCCCGCAGAGCCUACCCGGCAGCUACACCCCACCGCCCUUCCUGAACUCUCCGGCGGUCACCCACAGCCUGCAGCCCCUGGGCGCCAUGGGGCCGCCACCACCGCCUUACCAGUGUGGGGCCACCUUUGUGGACAAGUUCCCCUUGGACGAAGCAGACCCGCGCAACACCAGUAUUGCCGCCUUACGCAUGAAAGCCAAGGAGCACAUCCAGUCCAUGGGCAAGCCCUGGCAGACCAUCUGAGC